AUGAAUACACACCAGCAACCCAACAUACUGGAGCUCACCAUUCCAGCAUACCAUCACUUACUCCACCAAGGCAAAACCAGCUGCGGCGAAGUAAUACGCAUCUACCUCGCCCGAAUCAAACAGCACGACCCCACACUCAAAACACUCAUAACAAUCAAUCCCAACGCCCUGACCACAGCGAUCGAAAAAGACACAGAGAUAAAACAUCAUAUUCAAAACGGACUUCCUCUAAAACGCCUCCAUGGAGUCCCUAUAAUCCUCAAGGACAACUAUACAACUUCAAACCUCCCCACAAGCGCAGGGACCAAGGCCUUACAAACCCUCCACAGCAAAGAUAGCGAGGUAGUCACGCACCUGAUCAACGCCGGCGCUCUAAUUCUGGCAAAAGCAAAUCUUCACGAAUUCGCUCUACAUGGAACAACGACUUCGUCUCUGGGCGGACAGACGCUCAAUCCAUAUGACUUAUCCCGUACUCCGGGUGGUUCAUCCGGUGGGACAGCUGCAGCCUUAGCAGCGAACCUGGGACUAGUGGGAUGUGGAACUGACACAAUGAAUUCUUUGCGGUCCCCGGCAUCUGCAUGUUCGAUUGUGGGGUUUCGACCGUCAAUGGGGAGUGUCUCUUGUGUGGGGAUUGUCCCUGUUUCUGAGACACAGGAUAUAGCUGGUCCCAUGGGACGAACAGUGGGUGAUGUUAGGAUUAUAUAUGAGGUCAUGAGGGGGUCAUUAAGUGGAUCAAUGAGUACUUCCUAUUCUGGUUCUUUUUGUCAUGAGCAGCAGCAGCGCGCAUCACGAUUUGGAUUUUUGAAAGCGUAUUUUGAACUCGAUGAUGCCAUAGCUUGCUCUGAACAGGUCAUUGCCGAGAACAGCAUAGUUCAACGUGUCGUUCGCGAUACGUUAAAUACUGUUCAAGGCGAAUUGGAUAUCAUUUUGGUUCCCGUGGACUCAGAUCCAGACUGGACAUUAGCGAACCUCCUCGCCAAUGCAGAUACCCAGCCUUUUGAAUUUAAGGAUUGUCUCGAUUCCUUUCUUCAGUCUCAGCACGUAUCAUCAACUCCAUAUCUCUCGCUUCAAGCUAUAUCGCACAGUGGAGAAUAUGACAAAGAAGCUGUCACGGAAGUCUUCUAUGCUCCUCUUCUUGAUCCUGCGGUAUACUCACGCACGAGCAAGGAGUACCGAUCUCGUCUUGAUACUAUAGCAGCUCUGAAGGAAUCGGUACGGCGGUGCUUUGACAAGUAUGAACUGGAUGUACUGGUAUAUCCGCAUCAGCGACAGCUAGUUGUCAAUGCUGGGGAAAUGAGACAGCCGAAUCGCAAUGGGGUGUUAGCUGCUGUGACCGGGAACCCUGCGAUUUGCAUUCCAGCCGGCUUUAGUCCUGCUACUGCAUCAGCCCCUCGGGGUAUUCCAAUUGGAAUAGAAUUGAUGGGUCGACACGGAAACGAUGAUGAGUUGUUAAACAUUGCAGCACAGUUAGAACAGGUCCUCCAGGCAAGGAAGCCGCCUCUGUUGAAUGAAUCAGGAUAG